GAUGCUGCAGUCGUGAUGGUGCCCGAAGCGAGCUUGGCAGAGCUCUCGCUUCAGGAGGAGGCCCUGGAGCACUUGACAUACAGGCUAAUGAAGACGCCGUGCAACCGGAUCGAAUGGCAGGUCGACCUUAUGGACAGCCACCACCUCUGCAUCACAGAAGUGGAGGAGCUAGCGCUGGGAUCUGACAUCAUCUGGUCAACAAGACGAAAAGGCCAUGAGCUCAAUGAGAGCGAGGCGCAGAGAGUAAUGGAGACGAUGCGGCGCUUGGUUCCAGUUGCCUCGAAAGUCUCCCACGAUCCGGAAGAUGAGUAUCUCACGGAACUGUUUCAGGAGGAUGCUUGCUACUUCGAGGAGCACGGGUGCUACCCACCAGACUACUGA